AACGGCAAAACUCUGAUCCUCAGUUGAAACUAGAUUUUUAAGCAGCAGCGCGACGGCGACGACCAACUUAGAUAAAUAGACGAAGCAGCUGAGGGCAUAGUAAAAACAAUAGUAGCGCGAAAUCAACUAUCGCGAAGUUACAAGCCAACGCGAGGCCACGAAGCCGUUGAAGUGUACGAGUAAUAGAACAAGAACGAAAGAAGCUGAAGCGAAGUUUUUAAGGGAUUUUUAUUGCAAAAAUUGCAAUUAAACGUCGUAAAAGUAAACACAAGCAGUCAUUAAACGUGUUCCCGACUAUGAGGUCAAGCGGUUUGUUGGCGAUGCUGAUUUUGGCCAUCAUCGUUUGCUGCGCCACGGAAAUUGCUGCUGCUCCCUAUCAAGAGUUACCACCACGAGCUGGUCAUGUGCCAGUCUAUAUACGCGAAGGUGAUCAGCCACUAAGUGAAAUACAUCCUGGCUUAGCUGAGGCGUUCCAUGAAGCGGCAGCACUUACACAGAAGGUUGAGGAUAAAAUUGCUGAAACUCCAAAAGAUGAUGCAGAUAGUGAAUCUACGAAUGAGAAAUCCGCAGUGGUGAUUGAGUCAGAACCAACUGAGAGCGACAUAGCGUCAUUCGAUGUGAUCAAAGGCAUCGAUAGACAAAGUGAAACGGAUGUGAAAGAUGCUGAGGCAAAAGACGAAGUAGAGCAAAGCAAAAAUGCUGAUGAGAAAGAAGCAUGAACAUAUUAUGAGAACUUUGAAAGCAAUAUUGAUAGUUAAAUAAUAUUAUUUACUUUUUUUAUAUGAAUAUACAAUAUUUUAAAUAUUUA